GUGAGAACAACAUGGGACACCCUUAACUACUUCCCAAUUAUAUAUACUACUAGUUUUCCCACAUUUUUUAGGCACAAAACAACCUCUUUUCCAUGUUUCAAUCCACUACACAUAUUGUACCUUGUUAUCCUAGUAAGUUGUAAAACAACAACAACAAAAGAAAAAACAAUGGCUCUUCAAAAUGCACAACAAAAUAAGGAUAUGAACUUAAUUUUGUCAAGUGAUGCUAAGCCUAGAUUAAAAUGGACUCCUGAUCUCCACCAACGAUUCGUCGAUGCAGUCGCUCAACUAGGAGGUCCAGAGAAGGCAACACCAAAAUCAUUGAUGAGAGUGAUGAAUAUACAUGGGCUAACUUUAUAUCACCUCAAGAGUCAUUUGCAGAAAUAUCGUCUUGGGAAAAGUCAAGCCACUGAUCAAUCUUUUGAUGCCAACAAACAAGAAGAAUUCAGAGAGCCUCAGAGUGAUAAGUUAUCUUUGGACAAUUGUGAUGGAGCUCAGAAUCAAAUGAAUGAGAGUUGGAAAAUAGCUAGAGCUUUACAAAUGCAAAUGGAGGUACAGAGGAAACUUCAUCAACAGAUUGAGGUACAAAGACAUUUACAACUAAGGAUGGAAGCUCAAGGCAAGUAUUUACAAUCAGUUUUGAAGAAAGCACAAGAAACACUAGCAGGAUAUGAUACUUCCUCAGUUGGAGUAGAACUUGCUAAAGCUGAACUCUCUCAAUUAGUUUCAAUGGUUAACAUGGGUUGUUGUCCAACUUCUCCAUUAUCAGCAAUAACAGAAAUUGAUGGUUCAAUUUCAAAAGAUACAGAGAGAAAACAAUUGAAUGGUGAAAUCUUGUGUUCACUUGAAAGUUCUUUAACAUCUUCUGAGAGCUCAGGAUGGAAAGAAGAUCAGAAUAAUACGCGGAACACGAAUACUUCUAUUGCUCUCUCAUUGAAUCCAGAAACUAAAGAAAAAAAGAGAAGAAGAAAUAACAUUUGUGAUGAUAUAUGUGUUGAACAACCAUCUCGUAAAAGAUGCCACAAUCAAAGAAGUGAAAAUUUGGCCAAGAUUGAAUUUUUGGAGACCAUUGAUUUGAAUAAGUGCCCAAAUGAAUAUAAACAUGGUCCAAAAGUUAUAGACUUGAACAACAAGGAAGUAGAGCAAUUUCAAAGGCUAUAGUUAGUGUAUUUGGUAAUUUCAUUAAUAGAUAUAUGCUUAUAAGCUCAAGGGCUGCCUGGUGCACUAAGUUUCUGUUAUAUGCGGGGUCCAAGGAAGAGCUGGACCGCAAGGAUCUAUUGUCCGCAGCUUUACCCUGCAUUUCUGCAUGAGGCUGUUAUACUUUAUUUUUUCCUUAUUACCCUAUAUAGUCAUUGAUUCCUACAGCUAGUAAUGUUGUUUAUAGAGAAGUAUAUGUAUAUUAUUUUGUGAAUGAAACUGAAAGAACUUUUCAAAGUA